AUGCACCGGAUUCACUCGUGGGCGAAAGCUCACGCGUCUUCUAGCGGCCUGCCAGACCAGACUCCCUCCCAACAGGCCGCCGACCCUGUGGACACCGAAAAACCUCUUCAACAUGGAGAAAUGAAUAUCCCAGUGGAGGACCCUACUCCAGGGUCCGUCACAGAACCCAACGCAAAGCCGGGUCUUGUGAUCCGUAUGCGAAAUGGCUCCGGCCGUUUCUACCACCAUACCAAGGAUGCGAUCUGCCACAGCUGGAUUAAUGUCCUGCUGAUCUUUGUGCCGGUCGGUAUCGCCUGUGAGGCGGCAGGUCUCAACCCAGCUAUCAUCUUCGCGAUGAAUUCAGUGGCCAUCAUUCCCCUGGCUGGACUACUCAGUCACGCCACGGAGAGUGUCGCCAGUCGUCUUGGUGACACUAUCGGAGCCUUGGUCAACGUCACUUUCGGAAAUGCAGUCGAAUUGAUUAUCUUCAUCAUCGCUCUGGUUAAGAACGAGAUUCGCAUCGUCCAAGCCUCUCUUCUCGGCUCCAUUCUCGCCAAUCUAUUGUUGAUUAUGGGCAUGGCAUUCCUCUCUGGCGGCCUGCGCUUCCGAGAACAAAUUUACAACAGUACCGUCACUCAAAUGAGUGCUUGUCUGCUCAGUUUGAGUGUGAUGAGUCUCCUCUUGCCCACUGCUUUCCACGCCUCGUGGUCAGAUAGCGGCGAUGCCGACCGCGAGACUCUCAAGGUCAGCCGUGGUACCAGUGUCGUUCUUCUGUUGGUGUACAUUCUCUACAUCAUCUUCCAGCUGAGAACACACUCGUAUCUCUACGCUAGUAUCCCCCAGGCCAUCAUUGACGAGGAAUCCAAACCCGGUGUCUUGGCAGACUUCAUGAACAGCUCUUCCGACUCCUCAUCUAGCUCCAGUGAUGAGUCAGAUGACACUACGACUUCAUGGACCACCGCCAAGCGGAUCAAAAGAGCAAUGAAGUAUCGCAGACACCGGAAGUCAAGUACAAGCUCAAAAGGGACAACCUCUCGCAAUUCCUUCCAGAAGAAGGCUAUGGCAUCGACUUCCAAUGAAAACCAGGCUUCCAUUGACGGCAAUGAACACGCCAUUGAGCUCAGUGAUGAAAUUCGUUACGAUGCCGAUGACGACGUUCAAUCCUCUUCCGCAGUCCGGUCUCGCGACUUUGGUCUGGCUCUGAGCCGUAUGGACAGCAAAUCCAGUAAAAAGUCGAAGAAACGUGAUCGCAAGAUGCGCAAGGCCCAGAAAGCAGAGAAGAAGGCUAAGAUCGUGGCACCCGAGGAUAGCGGUCCUUCGUCCGAUCAACGUCCGGCGCUCAAGGGGUUCCCAUCCGCCCCUAACGUCGCUGGACCUGAAGGCGCAGGAGAUGAUCCCCGGAAACGCCGUUCUCCUUUCGGACCUAUUCCGUCACUGCUCUCCAACACUGUUUUCAGCUCCCAGUCACCAGCGGGUUCUCCCCAUAUCGGAACCUAUCCUUCGCACCCAGGAAUUUCUCGCAGCAACUCGCUCCCUGCACAUAUCAGUCGUCCUCCGCCGGCCGGAAACGCAGUGCAGUUCGCGCGUGGUGCUGCUCGUCUGACCGACCCGAAUGAUGCUGUGGUUCCAGAGACAGCUCCCCAGGCCCCGGAACCCACAAUGUCACGUACCGCUUCUGUUGUCAUGCUCUUGUUAUCCACCGCAUUGGUGGCUGUUUGUGCUGAAUUUUUGGUUGAUGCUAUUCCCGAAAUGAUCAAAAGCUCAAGCGUCAGCGAAGCUUUCAUUGGUCUCAUUAUCCUGCCCAUCGUCGGAAAUGCAGCUGAGCAUGUUACUGCCGUCAGCGUCGCCACUAAGAACAAGAUGGAUCUAUCGAUUGGUGUGUCUGUUGGUAGUAGUAUUCAAAUUGCUAUCUUCGUCACACCACUGGUCGUCAUCCUGGGCUGGUGUAUGGACAAGGACAUGUCUCUGUACUUUACGCUCUUUGAGACUGUUUGUCUCUUUGUAACCACCUUCGUUGUCAACUUCCUCGUCUUGGACGGACGAAGCAAUUAUCUAGAGGGUGUUCUCUUAAUCGCAGCCUAUAUCAUCAUUGCCCUAUCUGCCUACUUCUACCCGCCCCAUGGGGAAUCAAGCGUUAUCGCUGGCUCAGGGGGGUAG